GCAUGAAACUCUUUCCAAGUCGUCCGUAUAGCGCGUCCCGGGUGCAUACGAAGUCGAAUAAAAACUUCCCAUAGCGCCUAACACUCUUGGGCUUCCAAAGUUGGUUUCCCGCGUGGUAAAAAAAACUGAACUAGCUCAGGUUCAUUUUUCGAGUGCUCAUUUAUUAGCCAGCCAUUUUAUCAAAAGAUCAGGUAUGACACCCGAAUCUGUCAUCGACUCUCUUCACUGCGUCCAAACGGACAUGCAUCUAUCUAGACUAUCUAAUGGCUUUCUUUGGUUCAGCGACAAAUGUUAGCUAUCCAGCCAGCAGCACGCUGCGAUCGCGUGAUCUGCCAUCAUCGUGACCACGUGAUGGGUAAUCGAUCACACUCAGGAAGAUCGAGUCGAGUUGAAGUCUUCCUAAAAGAAUGGGAAUUUACAAUAAAUGAUCUUGAUUUAUAAUGAAACAUCACAGAUAACAAGAGGAUAAACUUAAUCGUUGUAAUCAUCGCUCACCCUGUCCUGCCCCCUAUCCACGAUAUUUUUCUUUUGCCUCGGUUCCAGGCGCCAGGUGCCAUUGUCGAUAACAUUAAUAAAAUGGCGGAUUGUGGCGGUUUCGGUAGUAUAGAUGUUUUAGUGAAGGCAUCUGGGUUUUCAGAUGCUGCCCUUCGUCUAGUCAUCGCGUUAUUCUCAGGUAAUUUUGAUUACAUUGUUUGUGGUGAGCAGUAUUUGCCAGAUGACGAUUACAUCUUGGACAAUCAUGGGGUCGAAUCUCGAGUUACAACGACUAUAGAUUUGAAAUUUAUUACCUAGAAAAAAGCUAUCUUUUUUUAUGUUUAGUCAUAGUCUCUUGCAUCGCAGACAGUCACGUUCCUCUCAAGUGUUUAUUCUUUUCGUGUAUAUUUUUUUUUUUUGUCGUUGGUUUUUUUGUUUUGGUAUUUUAUGGCAGGAGUCACAGUUAGAGGCACACUUGAUCGAUCGACCAGUACAAAUGAAAACGUAAUUUAUGAUUUAUUUGUUUCUGGACUGGGAGAGAAUUAAUUCGCUUGAAAUCGAACGAAAGUACGGUUACCAAGCUUAUUAAAGCAGUCCGCCGAAGGUACAGGACUCGACCAGACAGUCAAAGCUUGAUUUAUUUGUAACGAAAUUUGUUGACCUCGACCUCAUAACUUUUUUUUUCCACACUUGACCAAACUUUGAUUCAUCGGUUGGCCACAUCUUGUCAAGUGAAUGAAACCAAAUGCACCACUUAUCUGCUUCAGUGCACAACCCAACUGCUUUGUAUGAGAUCACUUCAUAGGCUAACAAAAUAUAGCUUCUAACUUAAUAGGCUAAUAUUGAAGGCAACGUAGCAUUCGACUUAUGGCACUGCACGUGUGCUGUAGUUCCAAAUGAAUUUCAGAAAAAGGUGAUUUCAAGCUAGUUUUAUCAGCAAGCAAGUGUUAACUGCAAUCUGAUAGCAGUAAAAACGUAGUAGCUGUAAGCAUUCUCUGAUAAAGGUUUUUACCUCUACUGAGAUGCCAGAUACAGUUCUUUAGAGAUGGAGAUUAUUGGUCACACAUCUUUUUGGGGUCCCUUACAGUGACGAUCAGUAUUCACUCCAAGUUACAAAAAUAUAAACAAUCUCUUGGCUAGGACACUAUCAGCCAACAUACCAGCAAGCCAGAAGAGGGUUUGUUUAUUUUAAAACCCUCAUAUUAAUUUUAGUAUCAUGCAUUCACAGCAACUUGUGUUGGUUUUUUUGUACUUUCUGGAGAAGCAUUUGAGAUCAAUCUUUUAAUGUAACUACCACUGGACUCCACUAAACAAAUUUGUUUUGACUCUUUAUAAAAGUGACAAAGAUGGAAAAGUGAAAUUCUUGAGCUGCCUUUUUUCAAGCUGGCUUUGUAUCUUUUUGACAGAAAUAAUCAAAAUACAAAUAUUGAUGUAUGCAGGGGAUAGUCUGCAGGAUAAGUUCCAGUGAUUUUGCACCAUAUGAUAUAAACUAGCGAUUAGAACUGCUUGAAAGGUGUGGGUAGGUGAUAGAUGGAUGAUGUCAAUCCACUAACACAUUUUGACCUUAACAUACAUGUAAAUGUAGGAAGGUGUCUGAUGAAUCAACCAGUAAUGUAUAUAUUAGAAAUCAAAGAUGCUAUUGAUGAUUAUAAAUGACAAGUACUGUAAUUUUUUUUUAGCUUAUCCUUUGGCCUUCAUUUAUCAAGCAUUUUUUUAUAGAACCAAACCUGUUCUUCAGGUAAGUCAAAGUUUUUUGUUUUUUGUCAUUCGGCUGUGGCUGGUGGCCUAUCUUUAGUAUAUUGGGUAUGUCCAGAAAUGCAUGAAGUAAUGAAAAUGGCACAAAUUUGUCAAAGUCGUCAAAUCCAUCAGACUGAUUUUGCUUUGAUGAAUUUGACUAAAAUUUGUCAAAAUCAUCAAUUCUGUGAUAUUUUGCUUUGAAGAAUUUGAUUAAAAUGUGCUAAAACUAUUAAAUCCAUGAAAAUUCACUUAGUUAAACGAAAUUUCAUCAAAACUGCCAUUUUUGUUACUGCAUGCAUUUCUGGAUGUUAGUGGUGCACUGGACUCAGGGGAGACCAGUCUCAGUUUGAGGCCUGGCAGAGUCGUUGUGUUGUGCUAUUGGCCAAGACACCUGACACUCACAAUGUCUCUCUCCACCCAGUAGUAUAAGUAAGUAGAGACACUCUGUCAGGGAAGCUUGAUGAAAUGCUAUUUAAGGAGGGGGAGGUAAUCUUUGAUUUACUAGCAUCUCAUCCAGGGGAGUAGUGUUACUCCCAGUCAUUUUUUUCUACAGAAACUGAAAUAAAUUGUGGCAAGGAGAGUCCCUUUGCUUCAUUGCAGACUCUAUCUUUUACUUACAUUGUAAUCAAUUUAUUGAGUGGAUAAUGUUUAAUUUAUAAACCAUCCUAAAUUAUAUACUGAUCUUUUACAGCAUGUCUAUUUCACCAUUUGUGGGCUUUCAUUGGCUCUUUUCUGUUAUGGUAAGAUGUACCCUGUUUCUUCACAUUUCCUCGUGAAAUGUCAUAAAUACUAUUAUAUCAGAUUCAGUGGAUACAAUAAUGUUGUAAUUCAAAUUUGUAAAUCCACUUGCAUUGUUUUCUUUUGUCUGGGAUCAUAGCAAGUGAACUUGAACAAAGAAACAUCAAGGUCUCGGUUCUAAUUGCAAGAAGUUCUAAUAAUUAGAAGUUUUAAAUUUCAAGCUUCAAGGUAUAUGGUAUUUGUAGGUUAAGUAUUAAGAAGCAGUCAUUGAAGCUGGAAAUAAUCUGCCAUUUCCUUUUGUUUUAACCAGGCUGGUGUGCUGUUCACUCCCUGAUAACCAUUACUUCUUCCUACUUGCUGGUACACAUUCUUGGGCCAUCCAUAAACAUGGUUAUAGUCAUGUUUUUAUUUAACAUGGUAAGUUUUAGAUCUUAGUUUAUGGUAAAUAACAUGGCAAUAUUUGUAUUUGACCUACAGGAAAUCUCAAAUAUUUUUCCAUCAUUAACAACAAUUUCUGCACUUGUUAGAUUUGAGAUUAGACUUUAUGGCCAACUCACACUCAUGGAAUAGUUCUAUGGUAAUUCUUUAGCACAUUACUGUUUGAUGCAAACAAAAGAAAGAUCUCAGUCUUCAAACAGUCAGUUCUGAUAGUACUUCUUUUAUACAUUUUGCCAUGCCCACAUUGCAUGUGCUGAGAAUGUACACGUAUCAGCCACUCAAAUCUUUCAACUAGUGACAAAUAACUUUCUCAGUAUAUAUAUAUAUUUAUAUAUGUAAUUCUCUAUGGGAGUUUGUGUACCAUAUGGUAAAUAAUUAAAAGUGAUUUAAAAGAUACUCAAAAGAACUAGAAAGUGGCACCACAGACUAAAUUUUGGAAUAAGAUCACCAUCAACACACAGUGGAAGGGUUGGGUUUAAUACCAGUGAGUAUACAACUGCUUUCCGAUAUUCUGAUUUUCCAUAUUUUGUGUCAUGGUAUAAAAUGAACUCAGAAACUUUGUGCAAUCCAACUAACUUACACACAACUACAGUGCAUAUGGAUUUGUGAGGAGAAUUUAAUUGGUUCCACUGAAUUUAUUUUUAAAAACUAUGUGUUAAAUUACAAUGUCAGCUUAAUUUUAAGGAGUUACAAAUGAUUGGGUAUUGAUUUAAUUAUCUUAGUAGUUAAUAAAGGAUUCAACAAAGAAUAUAGUACACUCAGUUUGUUAUUUUAUGUUUUUUUUUCCAGGGAUAUUUAUUAAGUGGCUAUAUCUACAAUGCCUCAGGGGGGUAUGAUGUGAACUGGACCACACCCCAGUGUAUUCUGUGUCUAAAGCUGAUAAGUAAGUUCUUGGUUGGUCAUUGAUUGAUGUAUGGUAGCUUUAUUGCCGUUUUUUUGCCUGUAGAUCUCAUUUUGGGCAUUGCUCCUUUUCUUACGUUGGUAGUAGGCUUUGGAAUAAUCUUCCACAAGAAGUAAGGGAUGUUAGUAGGAUUUAUAAGUUUAUAAGUGAGUUAAAGAAAUUAAAAUUGAAUGAGUUAGAUUGUAAAUGCACCUUGUGUGCAUGUAUUAUCAUUAUUCUCAUUUAGUGUAAUGCAAUUGUAAUGGCCUGUAUGUCCUAUAAUAAGAUAUAUUAUAUAUACACACAUAUAUACAUACAUAAAGACAUACAUACAUAUAAAUAUAUAUAUAUAUAUAUAGAUUUACCAACUAAUUUUAGUUAUACACAUACACUUUUGUAAUGAGCUUUCCUUGCUCAUAAGUGUUCUUGUGUCUAAAGUUAUUAUUAUUAUUACUAUUAUUAUUAUUAAUAUUAAUGUUAUUAUUAUUAUUGUUAUUAUUAUCAUCAUCAUUAUCAUCAUCAAGAACACAAUGAUGACCCUGCCAGGUUUUUUACCCUUUACCCUUAGCCCCCAAAUCCAGUCUGCAGACCUUUAGGCCACUACAUUUCCCUCUGUUGUACCUAAGUCAAGCAUUUCUUGACUCUAAAAUGUCUCCUUGUAGGUGUGGCCUGGGACUACUAUGAUGGAAAUCAAGACCAGGUAGGGUUUGUUUUGAACUUGCUGAUAAAUGAAUCUUACACACUACAUAUCAGAAAUCAAAGAUAUGGAUAUAAAAUAUAACAAUUCUGCUUGGAAAUAAUUUGCUGCAAAUAUGAUUCCAGACUGAAACUGUCAGUGACGUCAAGAUAGUGUUUAAAGAAUUUUACAUAUCGCCAUUCAUGAACAGAAAAUGUGAGCAGGAAAUAAUAAUGUUAACCAAAUAGAAACCAAGAUGAUGAAUGUUAAACAUCUUCACAUGAGAAUACUGUAACUCAUGUAGUUGGCACUGUAAGAGAUCUUCUUAAGUUCUGUUACAGUGUAUAUGAAAUGACAUUGAGGUUUGCUUCUUGAAUUGCUGGUACCCACUGAUACUCCUGGGUGGAGAGGGGCACUGUAAGAGAAAAGAAUUCUCCUCAGAACACAACAGAAGUGGCUUUGGGUUCAAAUCAAAAGUUGAGCAUGUAACCACUUGGCUACCACAACUUUCAAUGAAAAUAAAAAACAUACCUGUGUACAAACCGAAGGCUACAAAUUCUGACAUUAAUUUGUAGAUUAGUAAGAAUAAAGAAUUCAAGGUAAAAAAGUAUUUGUGGUAGUUGAAUAUUGUGCCCUGUUAAUGCCUUUUAAGCUUAACACAUGACAGAACUCUUAGUAAAGGACAACAUGAAGGUAAUUGGACUGGUGAGAUACCUAUUUUUUCACUCUAGGAGAAAAUAUCCGCUGAUCAAAAGACCACUGCCAUUGCAACACCCCCGACACUACUGGAGGUACUUAUCAGUUCUUCAUUUUGGUAACUUCUAUCAGUAUUUUUACAACGUGCAUUAUUUUACUUUCUAACUGGUUUCACUCCUGAGAUCUCAUUGGUAAUUUUCCUCACUGUCUGCUAUAAAAUUUUCAUGAUGGAGAAUUUAGCAUAGGCUCAACUAACAAAAUCCCUAACUGGUAUUUUCUUUAUUCUCAUCACUUGUCGACUAGACAUUGUAUUAACAUUGUAAUGAAAAAAAUUCUGCCUUGGUCACCCAUGGGAUAUAACCCUCUAUGCCCUAACAUCAGUAUCCAUGUUCUCUAUACUAUUUGCUAUACAUUUCCCCAGGUGCUGACAAUGAGAGUUUGUUUAAUAAUCAAGAGCUGCUAUAGUCGAUGAUCAUUUCCUUUAUUCUCAUGACCUUGAUGUUUAAUUCAAAGAUGAUAUUGUAAGGAGAAAUUAGAUGCUGGUCACUCUUAGGGAUUAAAGGGUUAAGGGGUUUAAUGCACAGAUAGAAAAAUUUAAAAAAAAAAACACCCCAGUGCGACGCUCAAGCUGUUAUCUCAACAACAUGUUGCCUAAUUUAUAUAAGUCUAACAGACCACUUAUAGUGAUAAAGUGGUAUGAAUCUUCGCACCUCAUACAAAUUGAAUACUUAUCUUUUAUGCUUUUUUCCCUAUUUUGUUAAGAUGAUGGGUCUUAGCUACUUUUAUGGAGGAUUUCUAGUUGGUCCCCAGGUAAACAACAAACAAGUAUCCAUAUACAUAGUAUUAUACUCAACAAACAAGCAUCAUUAUACUUAGUAUCACAAGCAGUUAAUAUGUAUCAUCAGCUGAGUUGAUAUUUGUAAAAUUGGCCACCAUAAAGAGUUUUAAAGCUGAAUGUUUGAGCCUCAGCCCUUCGGCAGAAAGUCAGCUUUUUAACUCUUUACGGUGGCCAAUUUACUUUAUCACCUCAGUUGAUAACUCUAAAUUACCUUGUUACACUCUCCCACUAAUGCAGCACCACAGUUUCUGUAGAAACUUCCCCCUUUAUUUAGUUAAUAUGUAUUGGUGAAUUCUCAGCAAUGAUCUCUAUUACCUUCUUAAUGAGGGGAGUUAGUCAUUGUUGCACCUUACACAAAAAAACAGAUGUUAAGUAAAUGAAGUGUGAGAUAAUUUAACCUGAAAAGGCAAAUCAGCUAUAAUGAUUACAUAGUCUUGUGAAAACUUCAUUUUCCUCUCUAAAUGCUGUUAAGAAUUUUUUACAUAGUUUUACGGUCAUUGGGUUUAGUGUUUAUUUUGGGUGUGCUAUAUCAAAUUAUGUAAUUUUUGCCUGGUAAGUACGAAAUCAUUUAAGUGGCCAACACAAAUGGUUUUCAUAAUCCUUCAAAGUGGAGUGAAACAUGGAAAGAAUGCACAAAAUCCUCAGCUGCAUGUAACACUUUUUUUGUAAAUGUACUGUUGAAAAUUUGGUUGUUGUUUGUUUGUCUUUCUGUUUUUUUUUGUCCUAGUUUCAAACCAAGGGGUACUUAGCAUUUGUAAAUGGGACGCUAAUGGACAAGAAAGAUGAUGAUAAUGGCCGGUGAGUGGCUUACCCAUUGCUGUUGUGCACACAAUAUUAUAAUCUUGUCAAAGUCACACCUAAGAGUUAGGCAAAUGAAGUAGCUGCAAAGCUGGGUGGUCUAUGUCAUGGUUCUAUUUAUGACAAUUUUGUGGGGAUCAUUUGUCUUGCUUGCACAGGUUUGCCCCAUUACCAAUCAGGAGCACAAUAAUUGUCCACUGAAAAAUUGUAGAUUUCCCCUAACAGGGGAACCAGGGAUCAGGGAUGGUGCAGGGGUGGCAAUACUCAUUUCCCAAUGUUGAGGCUUGUGUUCAAUUCCUGUGGCUGGGCAAAGUUUUUUGUUGAGUUACAUACAGUGUCCUUUCCUUAAAUUUUUCUCUUAACCCUUUCAUUUACUGUAAGAAGUGUUUGAUUUUUAAUUAUGUAGGGUUGCAUCAGGUUUGAAGCGCAUGGUUCUUGGCAUCCUGUACCUUGCCCUUUAUGGUGCAUUACAUGCAUGGUUCUCAGAAACUGGGCUCUUAUCAGAUGCAUUUCAGGUCUGUAAGAAGUAUUAAAGACCCAGUUUUGACCAGUAUGCAUUGGGUGUAGCAUUGGCCAGCUAUAGAGUGACAGAAACAUUAAAUUUUAUGGUACAUGUACUUCCAACUUUUGAAUGAAAAACCCUAGACAAGUUUUUCUUAUCAUCAACUUGUUAGAAAGCUAUAUGCCCUAAAUUAAAGUUACAAUAUGAAAUUUUCCAAGAUACAUGUAAGUUAAUUUCUUUAGUUAAUAGGUUUCAGGGAAUUUCUUAAUGUUUGUGUACUAUAUUGUAUGUUAGAUGUGCUUGAGCUGGGAAAAAUUGCAGUGCCCCUUUAUUAAUCACUUAAAAAGCUAUACCCAUUGUGAUUUGGUCACAUGCAGUUUUCUUGGAGUCAGGAAGGUUGCUUAUUUACUUGGAUCUCUCACUAUCUCUAUGAUAUUUUCUUAUAUCCUGGUCAGCCAAAAGCCUCCUAAUUUGUGUAAAGCUGUCAAGAUCUUCUCUCUCUGAUUUUUUUUCUGUAGGAGUAUUCAUUUCUUGCAAAAGUCUGGUAUAUAGUUUUUUAUAGCAGAGUGACAUUCAUGAAGUACCUGGCAGUGUGGCUUCUCUCUGUGAGUACAAACAAAUCAUUAACAGUUUAAUUCCCAGAAGUUAUCAACAUGUAACUUCUUGUAACUAAUUUACAAGGAAAUGUGUAGUGGCUAGAGGAGAUAAUUAACAGUUUGAUAUUUGGAAUUAAAGGUUAACUAACCCGGGGCAACAAUCACAUGUGGGUACAAAUAAGUAAUGAGCACGUGCAUUUAUUUCAUACUUGACACUAACAAACCAAAUUUGGCAUGUGUUCAGAAAGAAGGUGAAAAUUAUCUUUUGGAUUAUUUCUCACUGUGUAUCAACAACUUCCCAAAGUUUAUGGGCCUCCUCUUAAAUUGAUCUGUUUUGGUUUUAGGAGGGCAGCUGUAUUAUUUCUGGAAUCAGCUACAAUGGUAAAACCGAAGAUGGUGUAGUAAAGUGGGAUGGACUUAGAAAUAUACGGCUCUCAGUGUACGAAACAAUGUACCUUUUCCAGGUGAGUUCAUUAUCUUUAUUGUAUGUGUUAUUAGUUUGUAAAGCUUAAGCAGCCAUGUACAGUGAAAAAAAAUUGAUAAAUAAAUACAUAAAUAAUUUCAUCUCCUUCAGUUUCAGUGAGCUUACAUUCUUUCCACUAAGCACAUGAUCAUUCCACAAGCAGCCAAAAGGAAUAUCUUUUGUGUUAUAUUUAUUAAUUUUUCCAAAAUUGGGAAGGUGGUGGGAAUAACAAAAAGGUAUUGACAAAGGGUUACUGUAUGAUUUACUACCAACUUCUCCAUACGAAAGUAUAAGAAAAAAUAUGGCAGAUAGUGUGGAGAAAUGGUAUUUGGAUCCUGGGAGUGACAGGAAUUGGGGUGUUGCUGCUAAUUAUAAUUUUAUCUCAAAUGUGACAGUCAUCAGUAAUUUGUCCAGUCUGUAUCCCUGGUAUUUCUUACAUAAAACAUGCUUAAAUAUUGUUAUUAUUUUCUUUCCCUUAUUAAAAAACCAACAACAACAAACAAUCAAACGAAAAGAAAUAAAUGGAAGAAGUUUUUCUCGAUGGGUUAAAUGUUCAAUUCCACUGCCUUUUGUUUUGUAGAAUCUGUGUCAGUUACAUGUUACAUAUAAGUCAGAUUGAACUUUUAUAAAAAUUUUUUUCUUACAGCAUUGCGUUGAUUCCUUUAAUAUCAAUACCAAUAAAUGGGUACUCAGGUCAGUGAACAUUAUUUCCUCUACUGAGCCAGUUCCUUGAAUACUACUGGUGCUAGCGAUGUCCAAAGCGUCUCUUGUUGAAUACUCAGUCUCUAAACUACCCCCCUCCCCUCCCGAGUAGUAUUCAGAGAAGCUUUUGAGCAGGCUCUACUUGGCGCUGCGGCAGGAGCGACAAAGCGACGAACCUCGCGGUCUUCGAGCUGGCGAGUGUUGCGGGCAUGUUUGAUGUUUGCCAAGGAUCUACGUUUUUUCUGAAACUAGAUCCCUCGCAACGCUAACGAGGCUUCCUCACAGGCGAUGUUCAGACCUGUUCAGCAUCGUAGUGUAUUUCGAUAGACUUACGUUGAGAAUCCUGAUAUGCCUGCUUGACUUGUAGUACGUGCUUAAACACAAAACAUCCUGAGAAUGUAACCUCCACUUCGACAAAGUGAAUUAAAAAUCUUAGGUUAUACCAUACCAACCAUUUAAAGCAUUUUGGACGGUUCGUGGUUGCAGGUACUUUUUCAAGCGUCUUCGUUUCCUUGGGAACAAAAACUUGUCGCAUUUCCUCUCGCUGAUGUUCCUUGCUUUGUGGCAUGGAUUGUUUUUGGGAUAUUUCGUUUGUUUCUUUGGAGAAUUUGUCAUCAUGGUGAUGGAAAAACAGGUAAAUAUAUUUUUAUCACUCAGUGGGUGCCUUUUAAUUACUACUACAAUAAAUUGAAGAGGAAAAAGGAGAUUCAAAGACAUAAUACAAGUAACGAAAAGACGAAGAUGUUGGAUACUAGUGCGGUUACAAGCUGACGCACGCCGUAGGCAAAACGAUUCAAUUCCAAAUCAUUCAUGUUUUCCCACACAUUUUAAAGAAAACAAGCAUAGAAUUUCUAAAGACUAUUUUGCGUUUGCACAAACUACCUCGUGCCCAUAUUACUAUUUUAGAUUGGUUUCUAAAUAUAUUGUGUAUUUAUGUAAGUUGCCAACAUACAACUUACAGUUUUGUUUUCUACUCGUUACUCAGGUACUAAGUAUGUGUAAUACCGUGACCAAGAAGCCCUUGUCAGAGAUGCCUGCAUACGUCAAAUUUCCUGUCAUUUCAACUUGUAUGUUCAUUGUACAUUUUGGCCUGGCGUAUUUCAUGGUGCCUUUUAAUCUAUUGAUCGUCUCGCGUUUUCACAGGGUAGGUAAACGCUUUAUAAGCAUUUAGCGAACUCGACAGUCGUCAUUCUACCGCUAAAUAUUGAUGAGAAAAGCACGCGAGAGGUUCUUCCCAUCGACCCCUGCGUCUUGGUAGUGCUAAUUCCCUCGUAACCCUGCGGCUACAAAUCAAAAAUAAGAGACGAGUGGGGACGGGUCAGUGAAUUUAGGCUAACACGGCAUCAGGUUUUAGGCUACAGUUUGAAUGAGGCCUCACUGAGGUUGCUUUGAAGUGCUUUUCAUCUUCAGAAUAGCGCACAACAGUAUGGGCUCUUUUUUUUUUUUUAGCACAAUAGGAUAGUUUCGCCUAAAUUCUCCCCAUAAAAUAUGCCCGUCUUGAAGGGCAACAUGGCGUUUGUUAAACAUCUUAUACCUAAGAGGUUUUCGAGGUUGCUUUUAUCCCAUUAACCACCGGAAGUGAAUAGCAUCUAUCUCCUUCGUACAUUAUUACCACUGAAUCAAACAUUAAGGUUUUGAGAAUAAAGGAAAUGACUGCCAACGGAAAAAAGCUCUUUCUUAGAUCUUGGUUGUCGAUUGAAAGUAAGAAAAUUAUAUAUGUAACGUUGAAAAUGUUCGAUUGAAAAUAUCUAAAUUAAGUGCUAUUUUCCAGCUCAUUUUCACGAGUCUUUCUACUCCGACUUGUGGUUUGUAGGUUUGGAGUUCAAUUUACUACAUUGUCCCAGUGAUAUUAGUCAUAUGGCACUCGCUUUAUCCAAUCAUCAUCUACCCAGUCUUUAAAAAGAUGACACAAGAUAAAAAGGACAGGUAAGACACUAGCGUAUGGCCUGCAGUGCAGGCGUCUUAUUAGGGUGAGCAAACGUAACAAGCUCGCGAUCGUUUAUCUACCCUUCUCCUUAUUUUUGACCGUUGACCGCCCCCUUGGUACAAAUUCCUUUCUCUCCCCAGCCUUCUGCUGUCGUAAAAUCAAAGAUGGCGGCCAUAAUUUUGUUAAGAAAAUACUAUGCACUCGUUCGCCAAAACUACGCCUGCUCUGCAGGCUAGUAAGACACAAGUCCUAACACACUGACACAUGAUGAUGUACAACUGUCCUUUUAAAUAUGUCUUUUCGAAGCUCCUUUAUGGUUAGUAGGUUCGCAACUGGUUUAGAAUCAUCCAUAAAAAUUGGACAUAUCGCUCACUUAAGCCCGGGUUUGUCAAAACAAACUCCUCCUAGUGUAAUCCAAUAUUGCACUGGUUUUGUUAAACUUCGUUCUCUUGAAAACUCACACCACCCUCUCAACCAAUGAAAUACAUAAGUUAAACCGAUCGUGCCUUGGCUACUCACUUUUUCUCGUCUAUCAGGCAGUUUGCUUGUUUUUUUCUGACUUGACAUUGGCCCGUUGUGAUCUUUUGCUUUACCGUGAUUGGCUGUUGUGAUUACUUUGAUUUGUGUGUAAUAUUUGAGGCAGUUCUGGUAAGUUGGUUGUUAUAGAAACACUUUUGCGAAUUCCAGAAUCAAGAAUUAAUUAAAGUAAAUUAAGUUUUUUGUUUGCAGGUCAAAGAAAGAGAACUAGGAUAUCUGCAGAAGAGGCAUUGCAUUUAUUAGUUCGCAUCUCCAGAGCUAGUGUUGGGAGAUAUUUACUGAAGCCUGUCUUUUUUACUUUCAAGCAAGUUUUUGCACAAUCUUAAUCGAAUAAUUUGUUUCCGUGUGAUUUCAGUUCUAGAUGUAUUACAUUAUUUUUGUUUUAAUCCAGUAAAGAAGCUGAGUUAAUCUCAGAUUUAUUUGGUUGGCCCGUCACUAGUCUCCUUCGCAGGCGUUGUUUGCUCUCGUCUCACGACGAGUUCUCUCCUAGUGGUGGGGGAGAGAGUGCGUUGCGUGACGAGACCAUACAACUGCUGCUCAGGAG